AUGGAGGACGUAUUGUCUCGUGCCUGGGUUCAAGUAAGGUGGGAAGAAGAUGUUGCUAGUAGGGCCAAAGCCGGUCAGAAGUACGAUCAGAAGUCCUCAAAGUCAACUAGGAAUGAUCGUGACGAGCCCACUCAUCCCGAAUCUGCUAGGGAGACUAGUAAUCCGAGCAGGGGCAGGUACCAACAUCGACCUCUGCCUAGGUGCGAGGGGAUGAUGGUAUCCACGUGGCCUGAUAUCUCUCAUCUUGCGAUAUCCAAACUGGAACUGAUCGGUGUCCUACGACAAAUGGGUCCUCAAGUCAAGUGGCCUCCUAAGAUGAAAGCCGUAGAGGCUAAUCGAAACCCCAAGCGAUGGUGCGAAUUCCAUAGUGACCAUGGUCACACUACGGAGGAUUACAUAGCCAUGAAGAUGGAAGUCGCCGAGCUCCUCAAUAAAGGCUACCUGAGGGAGUUCCUCUCGGAUAAGGCCAAGAACCUUCUGAAUAAGGAAGGUCCCGGUCUCCCUAUCGAGGCAGUUCCCGCAUUGCCACCACAACGAGACCGGGUGAUCCAUGUCAUCUCAGGCGGAUCGGAGGUAAGCGGAAUUAGCAGUGCCGCUGCCAAGAGAUGUACUAGCAACGCCAGGAACGGCCAAGAGGCCGAGGCCUUCGCGGACCUAGGGUUGGAACCUACAGCUCUAACUAGAAAGGCGACUCCCCUUGUAGGAUUCAGUGGAGAGGUCAAGCAAACCUUAGGGGAGGUCCUUCUCCCCGUGUACGCCGAGGGGAUAAAUCAAGCCACGAAAUUCCUAGUUGUCGAUUGCCCCUUAUCGUACAACGUGAUACUAGGAAGACCUUGGAUCCAUGACAUGGGAGCCGUACCUUCGACUUUGCAUCAGCUGGUCAAGUUCCCAACUCCCUGGGGCAUUAAGGCGGUCAAGGGAGAUGAAGAAAAUCCUAGAUCCUGCUACCAGACUACUUUAAAGGGAAGGACCCAAGUCUUAUACCAAUUACAGAAGAAGCUUCCGGCCCUGCAUAUCGAAGAGCCGGAAGUGGAGGAAAUGGAUGAGGUUCCACUCACAGAGGGGAACUCGAGUUGA